AUGGCAUUUGUCAAAUCCCAAAAGUCGAGAGCUUACUUCAAGCGAUUUCAAGUGAAAUUCAAGAGAAGAAGAGCUGGCAAGACGGAUUACAGGGCAAGGAUUCGUCUUAUCAAUCAGGACAAAAACAAAUACAACACUCCAAAAUACCGAUUUGUUGUGCGAUUUACCAACAAAGAUGUAACAGCACAAAUCAUACACGCUAGCAUUGCUGGUGAUAUUGUUGUUGCUGCUGCCUAUUCCCAUGAGCUACCCCGCUACGGCCUUGAAGUGGGUCUUACAAAUUAUGCAGCAGCUUACUGUACUGGGCUUCUCUUAGCCCGUCGAGUUCUGAAAAAGCUUGAGAUGGACGAGGAGUAUGAGGGAAAUGUUGAGGCAACUGGAGAAGAUUACUCUGUUGAACCAGCAGAUACCAGAAGGCCUUUUCGUGCUCUCCUUGAUGUUGGUCUCGUGAGGACAACAACUGGGAAUCGGGUUUUUGGUGCCCUCAAGGGAGCUUUGGAUGGUGGACUUGAUAUUCCUCAUAGUGAUAAGAGAUUUGCUGGAUUCAGCAAGGAUGGCAAACAGCUUGAUGCUGAAGUUCACCGCAAGUACAUCUAUGGUGGUCAUGUUGCUGCAUAUAUGAGGAAUUUGAUGGAAGAUGAGCCUGAGAAGUAUCAGUCUCAUUUCAGUGAGUACAUCAAGAGAGGUAUUGAACCUGAUAACAUUGAGGAGCUGUACAAGAAGGUUCAUGCUGCCAUACGUGCAGACCCGACUGCAAAGAAAAGUGAGAAGCAACCUCCAAAGGAGCACAAGAGAUACAACCUUAAGAAGCUGACCUAUGAGGAACGCAAGGCCAAGUUGGUUGAAAGGUUGAAAGCUCUCAAUUCUGCUGCAGAUGAUGAAGAUGAUGAGUAA